AUGGUUUGUCAACGAAUUAUAUUAGAUUGUGAUCCAGGUGUUGAUGAUUCUAUAGCAAUAUUAUUAGCAUUAUCAUCACCAGAAGAAAUCACUAUUGAAGGUAUAACAAUUGUCAUGGGUAAUCAUAAUGAUAUCGAUUUAUUAUCAUCAAAUGCAUGUUUACUAUUAGAUAUGUGUCAAAUGAGUUCAAAUAUACCUAUUAUAAAAGGUGCUAAUAAACCACUUACACAUGCUUAUCAUGGUCAUUCAGGAAUAAAAGUUCAUUCAGAAAAUGGAAUUGGAAAUAUAAAACAUCCAAUUGAAUAUUUAAAUAAAACUCCAUUAGAAAAAUAUUCGAAUAAAAGUGCUGCACAAUUUAUUGUUGAACAUGUUUUAAAUAAUCCAGGAGAAAUAACAUUAUGUGCUAUUGGACCAUUAACAAAUAUUGCAUUAGCUGUUUCAAUCGGAGGACAUUCAUUUAUUAAAUCAGUUAAAAAACUUGUUAUUAUGGGAGGAUCAAUUGGUGGUCUGGGAAAUAAAACAGUUGCAGCUGAAGCUAAUUUAGCCAAUGAUCCACAUGCAGGAAAAAUUGUAUUUGAUGCAUUCAGUGAUAUUACAAUGGUUGGAUUAAAUUGUACAAAACAACUUCCAUUAACGGAUGAAUUACGAGAAAAAAUACGAAAAUUAAAUUCUAUUGGACAAUUUUGCUUUGAUAUAACAAAACAUUAUACAGAAAUUUUACGUUCAUGGAAUGAUCCACCAUGUUUUAAUGAUCCAACAGCUAUUAUGUUUUUAAUUAAACCGGAUAUAUUUCAAGGACAACGUGCUUGUGUUGAUGUUGAAGAUAAUGGAAGAUUAACUUCUGGUCAAACUGUUGCUGACUGGAAUGGAAGAUGGGGAAGACCAUUACAAACAUUUAUUUUAACAAAUGUUGAUAGAGAUGAAUUUGAAAAAGAACUUUUGAAUAGAUUAGCUAGAUUAAAUAUGUUUAAACCAAUAUCAAAUCAACAAAUUAAACAAAUCGAAGAACAAAUUAUAAAUUCAGAUCAAUAA